GGUCUCCCAGCGUUUCCUGAGUAGAUGACGCUGGCGAGCGCUCUGGGGCUGGGAGCGCCCGGGGCCCGCGAAGGAGGAGGUGGCUCGAGAGUCUGGCGGACCGUGGGAACCGGCCCCGGUAGGCGUGGAAAGGAAGGGCCUCGGCGUCGACCAGCCUCUCCCGCGCGGACCGCGAAAUCUCGGAGCUGAAACAGCCUGUUGUUCGCAGCCGCCCUGGACAUUGUUUUCCAUUCGCCCGGGUUGCGGGUGGGAGGCGAGGCACGCCGGGGUUCCCGAGCUUGGUGGCGCGCCAGGCUUGUGACCUUCGUCCCCUAGGGCCACCGGGGCGGCCACGCCUCUCCAGCGGGAGGAGAGAACGCCUGGGGUCCGGGUGGCUGCUCCUGCCCUCCCGCCUCCAGCUCGGCCAUGGGCUCGCGCAGCUCCCACGUCGCUGUCAUUCCCGACGUGGACAGCAUUCGGCGAGAGACCGGCUUCUCCCAAGCCAGCCUCGUCCGCCUGCACCACCGGUUCCGGGCACUGGACAGGAACAAGAAGGGCUACCUGAGCCGCAUGGAUCUCCAGCAGAUAGGGGCGCUGGCCGUGAACCCCCUGGGAGACCGCAUUAUAGAAAGCUUCUUUCCCAAUGGGAGCCAGCAAGUGGAUUUCCCCGGCUUUGUCAGGGUCCUGGCUCAUUUUCGCCCUGUAGAAGAUGAGGACACAGACCAAGACCCCAAGAAACCUGAACCUCUCAACAGCAGAAGGAACAAACUUCACUAUGCAUUUCAGCUCUACGACCUGGAUCGCGAUGGGAAGAUCUCCAGGCAUGAGAUGCUGCAGGUUCUCCGGCUGAUGGUCGGGGUACAGGUGACAGAAGAGCAGCUGGAGAACAUCGCUGACCGCACAGGUGCAGGAAGCUGAUGAAGAUGGGGAUGGGGCUGUGUCCUUCCUGGAGUUUGCCAAGUCCUUAGAGAAGAUGGACGUUGAGCAAAAAAUGAGCAUCCGGAUCCUGAAAUGACUCUGUUUGUGCCUUGGGCUUGCUCCUGCAACCAGUAUCUGCUUGGAAUUCAUCUAAAGCCCCUGUGGAUGCAGGGCACUCAUCAACUGUAUUCUUACUUCUAACUCUAUUUAGGGCCAAAGAAAGCAAGCUGGAAGGAUGUGUGCUAAAGUCUAGCUCAGCAGUCCCCAACCUUUUUGGCAUUAGGGACAAUUUUUCCACAGAUGGGUGACAGGGGAUGGUUUUGGGAUGGUUCAAGUGCAUUACGUUUAUUGUGCACUUUAUUAUGAUUACAUUAUAACAUAUAAUGAAAUAAUUAUACAACUCACCAUCAUGUAUAAUCAGCAGGAGCCCUGAGCUUGUUUUUCUGCAUGCUAGACAGUCCCAUAUUGGAGUGAUGGGAGACAAUGACAGAUCAUCAGGCAUUAGAUUCUCCCAAGGAGUGUGCAACCUAGAUCCCUCACAGGCACAAUUCUCGAUAGGGGUUGGGCUUCUGUGAGAAUCUAAUGUGGCUGCUGAUCUGACAGGAGGCAGAGCUCAGGCAGUAAUGUGAGCAAUGGGGAGUGGCUGUAAAUACUAAUGAAGCUUCAGCUCACCUGCUACUCACCACCUGCAGUGCGUCCUGGUUCCUAACAGGCCACAGACCAGACGCCUCAUUUGGUCUCAGAGCUGUGAAUCAGCCAGCAAUCUUUUGGUUGAGAAUCACUGAAAACCCAACUCAAAGUGACUUAAGUCAGAAAGAAGUUUUAUGAGCUCAUGUAAUUAAAAAGUCUGGAAGUAUCUAUCUUUAGUCACAGCUGGAUCCAAAGGCACAAACGAUGUCGUCAGGCCCCAGUUAUUCUCCAUCUCCCAGCUUAGCUUUUCCUCUCUGUAAGCUUCAUUUUCAGAAAGGCUCCUUCCCAGUGGUGGAGAUGGCCACCAUCGGCUCCAGGCUUCUAUCUUGCUAACCUAGUAACCCAGGGGGAAGAGAUUUACUUAUUCCAAUAAUUCUAAGUGGAGAGUAUCAUUGACCCAUUCGGGGUCUCAUCCCUACUUCUAGGGGAAUGGAACACUCUGAUUGGCCAGGCCUGUGUCAUAUGCUAAUUCCUAGAGCCAGGGGAAUUCAGGAUGGAGUGAAAGGUGGUUACAUAAAGGAAAGUUAAAUGCAGUUGGCAGAAGAAGGGGAAAUGAAUGGUCUGCUCUGCUUGGGCAGAACAAGAGAUGCCCAUUACCGUGAGAUACCCUUGAAGUCUGGACUCUUAAGUGGGUUUUUGCUGAUUUCCUGGGUGCAUGCUAGGGUGAUGGGGCUUGAUGAGGUAGUGGAGAAAUGACGUAAAAAUAAUAAACAAUACAUGCCUUCCUAGAGUGUGAAUGCAUUUGAA